UUUUUUUUCCUGCUCAGACGCGGCUAGUUUAAGUUGCCAUAGCACGGCAGAGCUGAGGGGUUAGCUGCCGCUUAAGAAGCGAAAAACUAACGGCUGUCGUGUAAUGUGUUUAUUUCCUCUGCGUUAUGCAGAGUUUUGUCAUUUUUAACGUGUUUGUCACAAGGCUAAAUGACUUAGCUCACGUUUGGUUAGCCAGCUAACGUUCACAGUAGAUGCCACUUGUUGCUAGCCUGGAGGAGCGUCUCUCAAAACAAUGCCGACCGCUGUGAUUGAUCGGGAAGAGGGCCGUUUGAAGGGCAGUGUGUCGCUGCUCAGGUAGCUUUCUGACUCCACGGUUUGUGAAUUAAUGUAACGAUGACUAAGGUCACAUUUCCGGUAGCUAUGACAACAAUAUUUACCGUUAAUAAAGUUCCAAAGCAGCCCAGUUUGUGCGUUAAUCUGAUUAACGUGACAGUUAUCAGUUAGCGUCUUUUUCAGACGAAGCCCGAGCUGGUGACAAAAUCGUCACAUUUGCACAGUCAGACGUUUUUUUUUGUUUUUGUUUUUUUUCGUGGACCUUCUCAGUCCCAAACACGAUGGAUACAUCCAGUGAGUCGGACACAUACGACAGGACGCGGGGGCGUGAAGCCCACCGCAGACCUGCCCGGGACAGAGGCAGAGCCAGCGGGAGUGGAAGCGAUGGGCGAACAGCAGACAUCUCGGAGAAGAUCAGCACACUGGCGAGCACUUUACAGGACACCAGUAGGAACCUGACCAAAGUAGACCGGAUGCUGGGCCAGUACAGGGACCACACAGAUGAUCAGGCUGAAGCUAUGGCGCUGCUGAGAGAAAACCUGGAGGAGUCGAUCAGUCAGCUGCAGACACAGAGGCUGGGCAGAGCCAAUGGCACUCGGAGUGCUUCAGCUUCGGCCUCGCCCCUCCACACUAGCGACCUGGAAGCUGGCUCGGGAUCAGAUGGCCAGCGUUUCUACCCUACUUCUCCACUGAGGGACUAUACAGGCACUCAAGGAAGAAGAAGGAGGUCUCAGUCUGCCAGUGUUCGCUUCAAGGAUGCUGGCAUGACGGGAGAGGAUAUUCACACUUUACACCAAUCCUUGAGGGAUCUACGUUGUGACCAGCUGAGACUGUCUGAUGACCUGGAUAGAGAAAUCCUCAGGAGAAAUAGGUCUGAUAUUGACACCAGGCGAGCGAUGGAGGGCCUCACAGGCCACAUGACAACUUCCCAAAGACAGUCUUCAGUGUCGUCUCGUGUGGAGCGCCGUCUGCAGGAACUGGAGAGGGAGAUGCACGCUGAGCAAAGUAGCGCGGGUAGAGAGAGAAGGCCAGAUCAGCGGGCGGCCAUGUCUGACGAGCUGCAGGAGACGUCAGCAGGACGCCAAGUUCAAACCCAUGAGCGUGAGGAGGCCAUGACAGGCAGGCUGCUGAAAGCAGAGAGGGAGAAGUUCAAGAUGGAUCAGGAACUGGAGAGAGCUAGACGACUACUACAACAGUCUGAGGAUAGUAGAGAGUCCCUUGUUCAACAGGUGGAGGACAUGCGCGGUGAGCUGCUGAGGACAAAGAAGGAGAAGACUGAGCUUCAGAGAGCUCGGCUGGAGACUUUUCAGCCCAUUGCUCAGCCACAUGGCAGCCACACAGACGGGGAGGAGGGAAGAAGUGGACAGCGAGGGCCAGAUCGUCUGGAGAAAGAAGUGUCAGAGCUGCGAGCCCAGCUGCAAACAGCCUCAGUCCGUAGUGAAGUGGAAGAAUUGAAAAGGGCUCUGGAUCGCAAGGAGAAGGAGAGAAUCCAACUCAGCUUACAGGUGGAGGAAUUGUCUUCAGACCUGGCACGGCGGGAGCAACAGCAGCUACGAAUGCUUGAACAGCUGAGGGAGAUACAGAGUCGAGGGCAAGCAGAGAGGAGGGAGACAGAGGCAUUACUCCAGGAGAGCACGAGGACCAGAGAUGAAUUGAAAACCAGGGCCCAGGAGGCUGUGCGUCAGUGGAGGGCAAAGUGCAGGAGACUGCAGAAGGAGCUGGAGGAAGUGAGGACCCAGACUCAAUUCCAUACCGACAAGGCCUUGCAGGCAGCCAGGGAAAAGGAGAGCUCCCAGGCCCAGCUGAAGGCGCUGAGCCAGCAGACUGAGGCAGCCCGCAGGGAGCUCGCUGAAAUCCUAGGCCGUUUGGCCCAGCGCGAAGAAGAGCUCCGCCGCAAGGACGUGGAGCUGUCCGAGACCCGCCAGCGCCAGUUGUCACUGGAGCAGGAAAUCCAGGAGGUUAGGGAGGCCUCAGCUGCUCUGGAGGAGGCGAUUCGACGUCAGGUCCCUGUCAAGACAAGACUGGAGGAAGAGAACCAGAGGCUGCAAGAGCAAGCUGACACCCAAGCCCGUCUUCGUCAGAGGGACCAGGACACACAAGCCGAGCUCCAGGCUUCCUUAAAGCAGAUGACUUCAGCCAAUGCCCAGCUAGCCCAGCGUUUGACUGAGGAGGAGAGGUCCAAGAAGGAGCUCCAGAAGGGUACCUCAGAGUUACAGGCCAGGCUGACGGCAGUACAGGAGGAGCGGUCAGCUCUGGGGCAGCAGCUGCAGCUCGAGAGAGAGGUGCAUCAGAAAGAGCUGCACAACAUGAAGGCGAUGAUGGAGGACUGCAGGACAAAGAAGGAUCGUGAAGUGCAGGAAAGGCUGAUGCUCUGCCAACAGGAGCGAGAUGAAAUACAGAUGCAUCUGAAGAAGGUGAAGGCAGAUGCAGCGUCAGACAAGGAGCUGUGUGGGGCGCUGCGCAUCAAGUUGGACAGGAUGAAGGAUGAGUGUGAUAAGCUGGCAGCACAGCUGAGCACGAAAGACGAGGCACAUGCGCGUCUCCAAAGAAAAUGCCAGCUACUCAAACAGGAACUGGAUGGCAAAGUCAGAUCAGCUGAGCGGAGACAUGCUUCAGAGUCGGAGCUUGUUAAGCUGGAGGAGAAGGUGUUACGGAUGGAAGCAGAGCAAGAGGCAGUCCUUACCUCCUUAGGUGAGGAACUAGACGCAGCUUGUUGCAGCCUGGCUAGGAACGGUGAAGACAAACUGCAGGCAAUCUCCCAGAAACCCGGAUUAGUGAAAGACCCCCAUCGUUGGCUAGCUGAGACAAAGACCAAGCUACGCUGGCUUUGUGAGGAGGUGCGUGACUGCAGCACCAGAGAACAGCGCCUAAGGAAGCAGCAUCAACAGACCAGGGAUCAGCUUAAGGGGCUCAGGCAGAGCCGGGACUCAGAGCAGACUGCUCUCCUGCAGCGCCUGGACCAACAGGAGAAGCUGCUGCACUCCCUCAGCACUGAAAAGAGAGAGCUGCUGGAGAGGAGUCGAAGGAAGGAGGAAGAAAUGAGGAGCCUUCAGGACCGUGUAUUGGAUCUGGAGAUGAACACAAGAGUAGCCCUGGACCACCUGGAGGCGAUUCCAGAGAAACAGUGUCUCAUGGAGAACUUCAAAGAUUUAGAGGACUCACAACGGCAGAGGGAGAUGGUAGAGCAGCGCUACACCAAAUACAAAGAGAUCGUCUGGGACCUGCAGCACCAGCUGGACGAGUCCAGGCGCAGAAUCCAAGAGUACAGAGAUGAGAAGCUGGACGCCACAUCCAGGAGCCUGAAACUGGCUGCUCUUUCUUCCUCCAUCAAAGGCCCCAGCACAUUUCUUAGCAGCCCAUUGAGAUCUGACACACUGUCUCCUCACAAACGACUGACCAGUUCAGACUUGGAUGACUCGAUGGUCAACGGGGCCAAACCCCUCUCAGAUUAACCCGACCUCAAGUGAACCUUUAUCUGUAUCCCUGCAACUGAAACACACGGUGCUUACAGCCGAUUCUACCUGCCCGCUGCUCAUCCAGAACAAAGAACAACCUGACUGUACCAGGAGGCCUUACACUUAACACUAAUCCUCCUCGACUACCUUGGCCAGGCAAUCACUGAAAGUGCUCAAGAGCAGGAGGGUGAGACCGAGAUUUCACCACAAACUUCAACCAAAACUUUGGAGGAGGAGAAAGAAGUUUGGACACUGUAAAGAAGGAUGUACUGUAAAGUGUUUAGAUGUUAUUUAUAAGAACCUGAAUGUAUUUAAUGGGUUUGAACCAAACUAUUUUCACUGUUACAUUUCCUGCUAUUUGAACUGCUGAACAGCUGAUUUAAAUAUUGUUGUUCCGCUCUGUACUCUUAUUAUAAUGCAUUUGAAAUGAUUUGGUAUAACUCUACUGGUGCCUUUGGAACAAUAUGCAGUUUUGUUUUUAUACCGUCAUCCUGUGUCGUCCUCAUCAUGAUAAUGUGACAAAUCUUUUUAUGUAUUGACUGGUUUUCUUUGACUUUCUAUUUUUUGUUUCAUAUGUUUAUAAUUGUAAAAACAAACAAGCACAAAUAGAUGUCUAUUUUUUAUGAAACGCAAAGGAAGUGUAUGCACUAUGAAUAAAUCCCUCUGCAUCUGAA